GUUCGGGAGUGCUCCACAUUUUUUUGUAUUAGGAGUAUCCGUUCAAGUGUUGACCUCAUCAUGGCGCCAAAACCGCAAGAGUUUCCACAAAAAGAGGAGGAGGCUGUCGGUCGAGCGGCGGGCGACAGGAUCGUCAUUUCUGGCAUGUCUGGUCUAUAUCCUGAGUCACACAAUAUUAAGGAACUUUCUGAUAUCCUUUACAAUAAGGUGAACCCAGUGACAGCUGAAAACCUCCGGUGGCAGUACAACCACCCCGAAGUAUCCGAUUUCACAGGAAAAGUGCCCGACUUGGAAUUGUUCGACGCUCAGUUCUUCAAGGUGCACUAUCGCUUGGCAAUGUCUAUGGACUCCAUGUCGAGGAAGGUUCUGGAACAAUCCUACCAGGCUAUUUAUGACGCAGGUGUAAAUCCUGAGGAUUUAUCUGGCAAGAAAGUCGGAGUUUAUCUGGGAUGCUGUUUUUCGGAAACCGAGAAAGCUUGUGUUUACGUCACCCAUAUUGUCGCUGGUUUCGGUAUCGCAGGAUGCAGUAGAGCCAUGUUCGCCAACCGUAUUUCCUACUGGUUGAACUCGAAGGGACCCUCGAUGGUGGUGGACCAGGCCUGCUGCAGCUCCACCGUGGCUUUGGAGCUGGCCUUCCAAGCUAUCAACCGUGGUGAUUGUGACGCAGCGCUGGUAGGCGGGUCUUCUCUAUGCCUGCAUCCACACUCGUCUAUUCAUUAUGGAAGGAUCAUGACAUUUAGUAUGGAUGGAAAAACGCAGUCCUUUGACCAAAAUGGAUGUGGAUGUGCCAAGUCUGAUACUAUUAAUGUUCUCUUCCUACAAAAGGCUAAAGAGGCAGUGCGUGUAUACGCAGAAAUAGUUCACGCAAAGUGUGAAUUCACAUCAUUUGUGGAAGGUGAAGAUGGACCGAGGUAUGGUUUCUAUCGCAAUCCGUCUGACGUGGUUGGUUUUAUGAAAGAAUUCUAUUCUGAAGCUAAUGUGUCCCCUCAAGCUGUGGAGUAUGUUGAAGCUUUUGGUUCUGGUGUACCUGAAGCUGAUAAAGCUGAGUUGGAAGCAAUUGAUGAAGUUUUUUGCUCUGGUCGUACCGAGCCUCUGCCCAUUGGUAGUGUUAUGUCUAACAUCGGAUAUUCUGAGGCGGCUACUGGCGUAUCUUCUAUCACGAAGGUGUUACUCGGUUUCGAAAGAGGCGAAUUCGCAGCCAACCUAAACUAUGAUACCCCACACCAAGACGUAGCCGCGAUACGGUCGGGCCGAAUCCGCGUGAUUUCAGACCACACUCCCACACAACAUGGCUACGUGGCCGUGAACAGCUUCUCCGUCACUGGAGUCAAUGCACAUGUACUGCUCAAGGGACAUUUUAAACCCAAGGAUCUGAACCGCUACAAAUCCAACAUCCCUCGCUUGGUAACGAUCUCAGCGAGACAAGACACGUCGAUACCAAAAAUAUUCGCUGACCUCAAGAGUCGCUCCAUCGACCCGGAGGAGUUGGCGCUCUUCCACAAUAUCCAUAAAACUAAUAUACCUGGACAUCUUGGACGUGGAUAUAUUAUUCUUGAUACAAACGAAGCAAACGAAACAGUGUCUCUAGUAGAGAAGUCAGACUAUUGUGACAUCACAUCCCGUCCGCUGUGGUUCGUGUACAGCGGGAUGGGCUCGCAGUGGCCCGGGAUGGGGAAGCAGCUCAUGCGCAUACCCGUGUUUGCUGCAGCUAUUGAGAAAUGCCAGCGAGCUCUAGAACCAAAAGGGAUAGAUCUGAUCAACAUCAUCACAUCACCAGACAAGAAGAUGUUCGACAACAUUUUGCACUCUUUCGUUGGUAUUGCCGCAGUACAAAUUGGUCUUACUGAUGUUCUUUUUUCUCUUGGUAUAGUGCCUGAUAAAAUUAUUGGUCACAGUGUAGGCGAGUUAGGCUGUGCGUACGCAGAUGGUUGUCUCACAGCAGAAGAGAUGAUUCUCUCCGCGUACAGCCGCGGGCUCGUGUCUGUACAGACACCGUUCAUUAAGGGAUCUAUGGCCGCUGUUGGAAUAGGAUAUGCUGAGAUCGUAAAGCUCCUUCCCCCAGACAUAGAAGUAGCGUGUCGCAACUCGCGCGAGUCGUGCACUAUCUCGGGACCGGCGGAGAGUAUGAGCCAGUUCGUGGGCGAGUUGAGUGCUAAGGGUGUGUUCGCUAGAGAAGUGCCCUGUUCCAAUAUAGCGUACCAUUCGAGAUAUAUUGCGGAUGCUGGUCCCGGUCUCCUCAAAUACUUGAGCGAAGUGAUACCGAACCCCAAAGCUCGCAGCGAGCGCUGGAUCUCGUCCUCGGUACCGGAGAGUAGAUGGAACGAGCCACUUGCUCAAUACUCUUCUGCUGAAUACCAUACUAAUAAUUUAUUGAACCCAGUGCUAUUUGAAGAAGCCUCAGCCCACAUCCCAGCAGACGCAGUGCUGGUGGAGCUGGCCCCGCACGGGCUGCUGCAGGCGAUCCUCAAGCGAGCCUUGCCCGAUACUUGCGCUAACAUUCCGCUCACAAGACGGGGACAUGAUGAUAACGCACGGUUCCUGCUCGAGGCUGUGGGACAGCUGUACAUGGAAGGCUUCACGCCUCGUGUGUCGGCGCUGUACGGGGCGGUGCAGUUCCCGGUGUCGAGCGGCACGCCCAUGCUCGCACACCACGUGCAGUGGGCGCACCACGAGACUUGGCCUCUACCGCUCUUCGCAACGGAAAACCGAAAAACAGCAGCAUCCUGCAAGUUUGUGGUGUCAAUUCAUGAUGAUGAACACAGUUAUUUACAAGGACACGUUAUCAAAGAUCGCACCACCUACCCAUACGCAGCAGCGCUAGUAUCAGUGUGGGACACACUAGCUAUGACGCUCGGCUGCACUCGCCGCGCGAUCUCAGUACAAUUCCACGACGUGCGUUUCACCGCACAGCCGCGUUUGCACGCACAGCGAGCGUUGCGUAUGCAUAUUACGUUACAACGUGGGACUGGACGUUUUGAGGUUUUAUCAGAGAACACAGAAAUCGCUACUGGUUUCAUCGAACAAAACAACGAACCGCAACCACCCAUGGAAGUAGAGAAUGAAGCAUUUGAUCUCACUUCUGAGGAUAUUUACAAGCUAUUGUCUACCAAGGACUGUGCUUACACCGGUGAGUUCCAAAGUAUCAAAAAUGCCAACAUUGACAUAUCCCACGCUAAAAUAUAUUGGAGAAAUAACUGGGUGACUCUCAUCGAUAGUCUCAUACAAAUGAAUAUUCUCAAACAAAAUGGAAGAUGUGAACUUGAAUUUAUUAGAGAAAUUAAUGUUAAUGUUGGUGAAAUUAAAGCUGUUAAAGUAGAUGAUAGUGAAGAAAUUGUUGAUGCUACUGUUUCGGAUGUGUAUCAAACUUCCAGAUGUCCUGGAGUAAUAAUGAAGAACAUAAGGUUCCGUAGUUUACCUCUGAGUAAAGAUCCAAUUGCAUUGAAGGAGCAUAAAUUCGUUCCACAUUUCCCGAAAGAAACUUAUAGUGAGGCUUCUGCGAUCACAGUUUUCUUGCAAAUAGUAGCUGAAAACUUGAAUAAGGAUACCAUCAACGUUCUAGUUGUGAAAGAUGGAACUAUUUUCAAUGAUUUGAAGAACAUUGUAAAAGAUAUUCCAGGAUUGGAAGUGAAUUUGUCAAGCAUUCAUAAGAACCAAAUUCUACAGCGAAAGGAUACUAUUGAAAAUCAAGCAGAUGUGUUGCUUCUGGAAAACUUGUCAUUGGAUGAAAAUCUCUGCCAACUUUUCCACCAAAUCCUACCUCGCGAUUAUUUCAUAAUCAACAAAGAGCAGCAAUCGAAACAGCGUCCAUUAACUCUAUAUACACCAGUUUCUGCGCAGAACAUUCCAGAAGCCAGAAUAGAACUAGUUCGUUGGAGACCAACUCCUAGUGGAAAAAUAUCUAGUGCUGUUACUGUCCAUUCUUCUGAAGACCUAUCGUUACUUGCAUCUACUUUAGCCUUAUUAUCUCCUGGACAGAAUUUAUUAAUAAUUUCAACUUUCCCGAAAGUUACGGGUUUGGUAGAAUUGGUUAAAGAAUGGAGGAAGGAAACUAGGAGUCAAGAUAAGAAGAUAUUCUUGGUUGAAUUUAACCAUAAGGUGUCAAACGACCAGUGCUUGAAUGGAUUGCCCGAGUUGAAUCUUAUGUUCAAUGUUUAUAAUCAUGGUAUUUGGGGCGGCAAAUAUUAUCUACCAAUAGAAAAGUACUCUCAAUCAACAAAGGAUGUGAUGUUAACAACUACUCGCGUUGGAGAUAUUAAUGCAUUAUCUUGGGUAGAAGCGCCUGAAUUGUAUGGACCUGGUAUGGAUGUAAAGGUACAUUACGCUACACUGAAUACCCUUGAUGCUAAAAGGUGUACUGGUGUCGUACCAAUCAAUUCAGAUGUUCUCAGCUUUGGUAUGGAUUUCAGUGGUGUUACUGACAGCGGUGUCCGCGUGAUGGGUCUGGUAUCAGGCGGGUCAGCUCGAAGCCGCGUGCGCGCGCCCCGCAAGCAGGUGUGGCCGGUGCCAGCGCACUGGACGCUGGAGGACGCCGCCACCGUGCCGCUCGCGUAUACCCUCGCCUUCUAUUGUUUGACAAACAAAGUACAACUGCGCCGCGGUAUGCGCAUCCUAGUACACGGUGGUACAGGCGCGCUGGCACAGGCGGCCAUCUCCAUCGCGCUUGCUUGCGACUGUGAAGUGUUCACCACUGUCAGCGAUGUGAAGAAGAAGCAGUUUGUUAGGAAACUGUUUCCGCAGUUGCCAGAGGACCACAUCGGCAACUCGCGUGAUCACACCUUCGCCGACAUGGUGCUGUCUCUCACUAACGGAAAGGGCUGCGAUAUCGUCAUCAGUGGUCUCUCUAAUGAAUUCAAAAAUACGUCAAUCAGAUGCCUCGGCGAGUACGGCAUCAUGUACGACACAAGUCUCUUACACGACCGUGAUAAUUUCAUCCUCGGGAUGAACAGCUUCACAAAGUGCAGGUCCUUCGCUACGUUGGACCUGGCUGGUGUGCUGGCUGAUGAACAUGAGAUGAAGAGGCUGCAAGUGCUAGUGAGCGAGGGCAUAGCGCGCGGCUACGUGCGGCCGCUGUCCCGCGUGGUGGUGGGCGGCAGUGAAGCAGCCCGCGCGCUGCGCCUGCUCGCCGCCGCCCGCCAGCGCGGCCGCGUGCUGCUCGACCUGCAGCCGCCGCUGCUGCACGUGCACACCAGGGUCCAAUACUCUGCCGAGAGCAGUCACAUAAUCCUCUCAGACGAUGCAACAUGCGCGAUCCAGCUCGCCGACCGGCUCGCGGAGCGCGGCGCGAGGAACCUGUACAUACAGACUGAAGCUUCUCGAAUGUUCCACGUUAAACAGAGAAUCUGGAAAGAAAUGGGAAUCCAAACGGUAUACGAUACAAAUGGACUCUGGAACAAGAACUACAUUGACACCAUCAUCAACAAGAGUGUAGUGUUAGGUUCCAUAGAGAACAUCUAUGUGAUUGUGACAAAGGAACAAACGAACGCAGAUUUUACUACUUAUAUGGAUAAGUUGGACGUUAUUGUGAAGAAACAUGGUCUGUCUGUUAAGAACGUAGUGGUGCUAGAUGUCAAUGGUAGCUUCGGUGACGAUGCAUUCACAAGCGGUUCCAAUAUUACCGUCAUCAAGAUGGCAGGAAACAACCAGAAUGAGAACCGAGUAUCAUUCCUUACGGGACUAUCUGCUCUAGAUGGGCUCCCAGGGUCCAUAAAGGCUUCAGGAGCCAGAAAUUUGGAGGUACAUCGAGUAAAGCCACGGUCAAUGUUACAAGAGAUCGCUAAUAUUGCAAAUAUCGAGCUUCCAAAAAAUGUUAUGAACACUGCGACAUUAAAAGAUCUCAGUGUGGACACAGUUAAACUUCUGCCAGUAAGAGCUUUCCUUCGAGAUGAAUAUCAUAUCUUUUUGGAAGAGAACGAGAUUUCGGAAUUAACUGUUAAGAGAAUAAAAGAGAUAGAAGAAUCAGUAUCGGACGUAACAUUCAAAGAGUUGCGCGGUUUCGCCAACUUCUACUCGUACGUGGACACUGACGAGCUGCGCGGUACUACGGAGAUGGCUUUCCUUUCCACAUUAAUUAAACCUGUCACUAUGGAGGACGACGAAUUCGACGUGAACCAAAAGUUCAUAUGCGUAGUACCGGGAGUGGAAGGACAUCAUUCACGGUUUACUACAGCGUGUGAACGACUCAAGUUACCUGCACUUGCACUACAACCUGGCUUACAGUGGGAUACAAUAGAGGAUAUGGCCGCUAGGUUUGCUAAGGUUUUAUUGAAAAGAACAGGCCUGAAAGGUAACUUCUACCUUAUGGGCUACGAAAGUGGCGUUAUAGUCGCGUUGGAAAUGGCAAGAAUCUUAGAAGAACAUGGUUUAACGGGCACAGUAUUCUGCGUGGGUGGAACACCAAAAGAGAUAGUAGCUGAAGUGAAAGAAAAGUUAAAACACUUCAAGAGCGACGAAGAGUUACAAGAUAACGUCGCCUUGCACAUGACCAAAUUGAUACUUGGAGACAAAUUUGACGGUCACUUAGAUUUCAUUAACAACACAAGUACUUGGGAAGAGAAACUAGAUGGCUACGUCAGAUACCUCUCUGGUCUAGUUCCUUUAUCAACACAAUAUAUUAGAGGAAUAAUACACGGAGCAUAUUCCCGUGUUAAGCAAAUCCAAGAUAUUCAGAUACAACCACAUGCACUUAAAUCCCAAGUGAUUUUCCUUCGCGCUAAACUGUCUGCUAAUAUCAACGAUUUGCCUCAAGACUAUUCUCAAGUUCCUGUGGUUUUGUACGAGCUUAGUGCUCCAUUAGCAGAUGCUGCUAGGGACCUUAGAUGUUCCGCCAUUGUUAAUAGACAUCUUGAUGAAGAAACUCUUAAAGCAUUUGAAGAUACAAACAUUUGUGAAACGUACUCCUUGAACGUCUAUGAAUUGAUUUGAUGAUAUGUGUUUGAUUUUUAAUAAAUAAAACAAAUGAAGUAUACAACAAACUUCGUUUAUACCUUCUUAAGGGAACUCCUGAUAAAGAACAAUAUAUUUUUCUAAAGAAA